AUGGGCAACACUUCUUCCAACCCCGCCGCUGCCGCCAACGCUGCCAACCCCCAGAACACCCCCUUCCCCGUCCGUCUUGGCAGCCCCGCCCCGCCAUCUCCCAACAUCCAGCAACAGCAUCGCGUCCACCGCUCCCUCCGCUCAAAAAAGAAGUCUCUCGAGCUGCCCGACCUGGCGUCCCUCUCGCUCACCCCCGCCUCCUCGUCCCCGUCCUCGGUUUCUCCCCAUCCGGCCUAUCGUCGCCCCCCCGCGUCGUCGCCGAUCCCCAUCCCUACAUCCGCGAACCCGCCUCAGCCCACGUUCCGGCCGCAGAACAAUCUCCCGUCGGCGGCCCACAUCCACAUGCACGAUGGCUCGCAGGCGAACGGACAUCGACCGAGACACAAGUCUUACCUCAGCAGCGCGUAUCCGUCCACGCGCUCGUUCAUCUCCGGCGGCGACCAGGCUUCUCCGCCCCGCGAGGAGCCCAUCAGGCCCGUCUUCGUACCCGAAGUCGUCUACAGCACGCUCCCGUUGGCGCUGGUCAAGGCGGAGGAGGAGACAAAGCUGGAGCCGGUGGCGGUCAAGAUCAUCUGGCGAGGGGGCGGCAAAUCGGUCGUGUUGGCUCGCGCUGGGGACGACAACUGGCAGGGGCGGCAGCCGAUGGACUUUGACCCGCAACUCAACCAGUGGUUCACCUACGUCCCUUUGUUGCCCGGCACGCACCACCUGAAGUUCAUCGUGGACGACCAGUGGAAGACCGCGGACGAGUACCCUACCGCGUCGGACGACCGGGACGGCUCGCUGGCGAACUACGUCGCGGUGCCGUUCCCUGCUGCCAUAUCUUCUCCAAACGUCGUGCCCGCGUCAGGCUCAGGCUCGUGCACAACUUCACCCCUCGCGAGCCCGCACCACAGUCACCCGAACCAGUUCAACAGCUUCUGGAGUGAUGCGAGCAGCGCCGCGGCGAACGGGGUGCCGGGCCAUACCGAAGGCAGGGGCAAGGCUGAAGCAGAGUGGACGACGACAAUCCCGCCCGAGCUCGUCGCUGCCGCCGCCGAGGAAGAAACGUAUCUCGCGUCCGCGGACUCGCCCGCGCCGUCACACUCCAGCGUUGGCGGCGGUGGCGUCCCAGCGCCCAACAUCCCGCCGGCGCCUGUACUUCCGCGUCACUUGGACAAACUGAUUUUGAAUGUGCGCCCUGCGGCCGUGACAGCACCCACGCUCGGCGCCUCGGAGCGUGAUCGCGGGCGCCGCGGAGGCCGCGAGCGUGAGCGGAGCCGUCGCGACAAAGACAGCCGCGCUCGCCCUUCGAACCUCGGGAUGACGUCGAGCGCUGUCCAGGAGGAUGCGGAGCACCCCGCAUCGCUCGUGCUUCUUCCCGUGGUGACGGCGUCGGGCACGGAUCUCACGGCGGGCAUGCCUGUACCGCUGUCCUCACCGGCGGGCGAGGCGAAGGGCGCGGGCACGCGCCUCGAGGCGACGUCGGGCGUGGCGGACGACGCGAGCGUGCUGCCCGUGCCGUCGCAUGUCGUGCUUCACCACUUGAGCACUAGCGCAAUCCGGAACGGCGUGCUGGCCAUCGCGAACACGACGCGAUACAAGAAGAAGUACAUCACGACGAUCUACUACAAGCCUACGUGA